AUGGCCGCAUCCACGUCGGCGGCGGCGGCGGCGGCUGCCGCGCGGAAGGGCGCGUUGACGGAUAAGAGGUUCUCGGAGCUGUCCCCCGCGCUGUCCCCGGAGGUGGUGGAGGCCCUGGACCGCGGAGGCUUCCAGCGGUGCACGCCCGUGCAGGCGGCGGCCAUCCCGCACCUGCUAUCGCACAAGGACGUCGCCGUCGACGCCGCCACAGGCUCCGGGAAGACCCUUGCCUUCAUCGUCCCCGUCGUUGAGAUCCUCCGCCGCCGCUCCUCCCGGCCCAAGUCCCACGAGGUUCUUGCUCUCAUUAUCUCUCCCACGAGAGAAUUGUCCUCGCAGAUAUUCAAUGUGGCCCAGCCCUUCUUCGCGACCCUGAAUGGCGUGUCGUCCAUGCUCCUGGUGGGUGGGUUCGAUAUCAAAGCAGAGCUCAAGAAGGUAGAGGAAGAGGGCGCAAACAUACUGGUGGGCACUCCCGGGAAGUUGUGUGAUAUAAUGCACACGGACGCUCUAGAGUACAAGAAUCUUGAGAUUUUGAUCCUAGAUGAGGCUGAUAGACUCUUGGAUAUGGGAUUCCAGAAGCAUAUUAACUUCAUACUUUCAAUGUUACCGAAGCUGAGGAGGACUGGCCUUUUCUCAGCUACCCAGACGAAAGCUGUUUCGGACCUAUCCAAAGCAGGGUUGAGAAAUCCCAUAAGGGUUGAGGUUAAGACAGAGGCAAAGUCCACAAGCAAAGAUGCUGGUCAGCAAGAGCUUGGUCCAUCCAAAACACCAUUGGGGCUUCGGUUAGAGUAUAUGAUAUGUGAAGCAUCAAAGAAGUCAUCUCAGCUUGUUGAUUUCCUUGUGCAGAAUAGUGGGAAGAAAAUAAUGGUGUAUUUUGCAACAUGUGCUUGUGUAGAUUAUUGGGCUGUUGUUCUUCCACUGAUUAAUUCGCUUAAAGGUUCUCCAAUAAUUGCUUACCAUGGGAAGAUGAAACAGGGCCUUCGAGAGAAAGCUUUGGCAUCAUUUUCUGCUCUUUCAAGUGGCGUUCUAGUCUGCACUGAUGUUGCAGCAAGGGGUCUUGACAUACCAAGUGUUGACCUGAUUGUUCAGUAUGAUCCACCUCAAGAUCCCAACGUUUUCAUACAUAGAGCUGGCCGUACAGCACGUUAUGAUCAAGAAGGGGAUGCUAUUGUGUUUCUCUUACCAAAGGAGGAUACUUAUGUUGAGUUCUUGAAACUUCGAGGUGUUCCUCUCACAGAAAGGGAAUGUCCUGCAAACACUGAUGAUGUCAUACCGCAGAUUAGAAGUGCUGUGCUCGAAGAUCGUAAUGUCAUGGAGAAAGGACUUAGAGCGUUUGUCUCGUUUGUUCGAGCAUACAAGGAGCACCACUGCUCUUACAUUUUUAGGUGGAAAGAUCUCGAGAUUGGAAAACUAGCUAUGGAGUAUGGUUUACUCCAGAUCCCAUCCAUGCCAGAAGUGAAGCAUCAUUCUCUUUCACUGGAGGGAUUUAUUCCUGUUGAUGAUGUUGAUAUUACACAAAUCAAGUACAAGGAUAAAGCUCGAGAGAAACAACGCAAGAAGGCACUGAAAAGGAAAGCAGAAGAGGAAGCUCAAAAUCCAAAGCCAGAGAGGAAGAGAGCUCCAGAGAAGCCGGAGAAACCAAAGCGGAAGAAGACAGGCAAGCAGCGUCAGUCAAUCCAAACCAAGGAGGACCUGGAUGAGCUGGCGCAUGAGUACCGGCUUUUGAAGAAGCUUAAACGUGGAGACAUUGAUGAAGAGGAGUACGAGAAGCUCACUGGGUUUGGAGAUUCUGAUGGUGAUGCUUCCGAUGGGGAUGCGAGCAACUUGGACGAGAGGAAGGAGAAGGGCAACAAGACGCAGAAGCUCAAGCAGAGAGGAAAAUGCAAAGGUGGGUCUAAGAAGCUUGAAGGGAGGAGUAAAAUGAGGAGCAAAAGGAGAUAG